GGCGACGAGGAGCAGCACCAUGUCGUCGGACCAAGCGAUCGGGAUGAUGGACGGCGCGUACUUUGUCGGGCGCAAGGAGAUCUUAGACUGGGUCAAUGCGACCUGCGGGCUGGGCCUGACCAAGGUCGAGCAGACGUGCACGGGCGCGGUCGCGUGCCAGAUCCUCGACGCCAUCUACCCCGGCAAGGUGCCCAUGUCCAAGGUCGAUUGGAGCGCCAACAAGGACUACGAGUACAUCAACAACUACAAGAUCCUGCAAAAGGUGUUUACGAACCUCAAGAUCGACCGCCACAUUGAAGUCGACAAGCUCAUCCGCGGCAAGUACCAAGACAACCUCGAGUUCAUGCAGUGGUACAAGCGCUUCUACGAGCUCAACGGCGGUGGCACCAACGACUAUGACCCGAUCGCGCAGCGUGAAAAAGGCAAGGGCGGCGCCGCGUACUCGACCAAGUUUAAGUUUACCGGCAGCGGCGGCGGCGGCGGCUCGUCGGCCUCGUCGACGGCGUCGUCCCAGGCCGCGCCCGCGCCCAAGCGCCGCCCCGUGGCGUCCAGCACCAAGUCGAGCGCCAAGCCUCCGAGCGCACCGUCCUCGAUCGAAAAGGAGCGUGCUAUCUCGUCCAAGCGCCAAAGCGAAGCGUCGAGCAACGCCGAGGUCGACGAGCUGACCAAGGAGAACGAAGCGCUGUCGGAAGCCAACGGUAUCCUCCGCGGACAGAUCGAAGGGCUCGAGAAGGAGCGGGACUUUUACUUUGGGAAGCUUCGUGACAUUGAGCUGAUGCUGCAAGAACUGGACGAAAGCGAGCACACGGAGACGGUCAAGUCCAUCUUCAACAUCCUGUACGACGCACGCUCGGAGGGCGACUUUGUCGCUGUCGAAGGCGAAGAGCAGGAAGACGACGAUAUGAUGGGCUAA